AUGGACAGGACUGCUAGACUCGAGAAGCAGUUUGACCUUAUAACCAAAGGGAAACUGGCCCUCACGUCUCUCAACUACACUACCUUUAUCGAUGCUCUCCUUGCCCAAUCUGAUGCGCCGACAUGCGUUAGCCGCCUCAUUUCGAACAAGGCAGGUUUAUCAUCUCUGCAAGCAAGCAUGCGGUUCGACUCUUCACCCACGUUCUACAAUGGUCGUGCAGCCUCCAUCCUCCAAUACUUUCGGGAACCAAAACUAGCGGGUAUCAGUGGAGGGUCAUACCUUCAUCAAGUUAUUCAUGCUAUUGUGGAACCCCCAAUAUUUUGGCUUUCCCUUUUGCACGCCUUUCGCCAAGGGAAACUACAACAAGCCGGCCAAGAGGGAUUCGCGUGGCUUCUUCUGCAAAUCACCUCCAUGUCCAUCCUCGGCGCUACAGAGCUCAGCUGUAACACGGUCGAAGAAGACAUCAUUACCAUGUUGAAGAAUUCCCCAUACUCCACUGUUCGAGACCUUGUUGGGCGUGUUUCAUCUAUUCUUGCAGGAGUAGAUGCCGUGGCUUCUGUCAGGAAUGUCCUCUCUGCUGGAGGACGUCACGAUAACGACUUCGCAGAUUUUCGAAAGAUUGAGAUUCUCCCUACAGCUGGCGAAGUACGAUGCACGGAACAACCUUUCCUUCUUCCAAAAUCCUGUCUGGAUGAUCCUGAAACCAAAGACAAACGUCUAGGCAUAUAUCUCGAUAACGAGUUUAGGCUGUUAAGGGAGGAUAUGCUGUACGAGAUGAAAGAAGAGUUGUCCAUUGCUGCAGGGGUGAAAAAGGGAAGACGGAGGGGUCUCAUCAUAGAUGGUCUUUCUUUCCGCGGUCUUCAUUUCGGUCCAGACAACAGGCGGACGAACUGGGCACUUGAACUCAGGUGCAAAGACGAUCUUAUAAAGGAGAAGAACAUCGCUGGUCGGAAAAAAUUCUUGACUAACAAUCACACAAGGCCAUUUCGACACCAAUCGUGGUCUUGUCUCAUCAUCGAUAACGAGAUUACUGCAUUCCCGACACUGAACCGUGACGAAGAUUUGUUAACAAAGCAACCACCCGUACUGGUGCUGUUCAUUGAUGGACAUAGCACCGAACGCACGCUUCUCAAGCUGAAGGAUGCCAAACACAUCAGACUAGUCGUGCUCGAUACAGCUGUGUUUUCAUAUGAGCCGAUUUUAAAGGCGUUGCAGGACACUUUGGAACUGUCUCUUCAUCAAGAGUUUUUGCAUUGGCAGGAGGGAAACACUAUUCGGACGCCUCUCCAUAUGCCAUCGACAAUCGUCAACCUCAUCCGAGGAAAUCCUGACUGCGACCUGCAGCCCUUGUUGAAAACUCAAAAAUCAAUAAGGUUGGACGCAUCACAACAUGCAUCUCUGGUAGCCGCACUCACUCAAAAGGUAUCUCUCAUUCAAGGGCCUCCAGGGACAGGAAAGUCCUUCAUCGGCGCAUUGCUCGCGAAAGCCUUGCACGACCAUACAGAUCAGAAAAUCCUUGUCGUAUGCUACACUAAUCACGCCUUGGACCAGUUCUUAGAGGAUCUCAUGGAUAUUGGGAUUCCUCAAGAUAGUAUCGUCCGCUUGGGGGGUAAAUCCACAUCCCGAACAGCUCCCCUUAUCUUGAGCAGUCUCAGUCGGAAUUCCAAUUUCCGUUUGGAUCAUCACAACUGGGCGCGUAUCGAUGCGCUUAAAUCGGAGGCUAAAAAUCAUAUCGAAACCCUCAUACAGGCAUUUCCGGAUAUGAACAGCAACGUUGACCCACAAAACAUCCUUGACUAUCUUGAAUUCGAAGAACCCGAAAUUUACUCCAGCUUCUGUGUUCCCUGUGGGGAAGAUGGAAUGACCCAAAUCGGGCCCAACGGAAAGCCAGUAUCAGCUAUAUAUCUCAUAUCUCGCUGGAUACGAGGCCAAGAUAGUGGAAUGUAUCCCAAUCUUUCAAAGAAUUUAAUCUGGACCAAACCCAAACCUGAGCGCACUAUCCUCUUGGCACGGUGGACUGCUGAGAUCAACAAGGAACGUUUGGCCCAGUUCACCAGCGUUGCGUCGCGGUACAACAAUUCCCUGAAGCAAAUAUCUUACAUCUUCUCGGAGAAGGAUAACUCAAUCAUUGUCAACAAACGCAUCAUUGGGUGUACUACUACCGCUGCUGCCAAGUACAACGACCAAAUACGGCGUGCUUCUCCAGAGGUUCUUCUGGUUGAGGAGGCCGGCGAAAUUCUAGAGAGUCACAUCCUUACGGCGAUGAAUGAACGGACUGACCAGCUCAUUCUGAUCGGUGACCAUCAGCAGCUACGCCCGAAGGCCAACAACUACGCAUUAACUGUUGAGAAGGGUGAAGGAUUCGAUCUCAACAUGUCCCUCUUUGAACGCCUGGUUUUGAAAGGAUAUCCUCAUGAGACUCUCCAUCAGCAGCACCGUAUGAGGCCUGAGAUCUCUUCGCUUGUUCGAGAGUUGAGCUAUCCUCACCUCAUUGAUGCCUCCGAUACGCAAAAUCGUCCGUCUCUCAGAGGGUUACAAGACGUCAUCAUCUUCUUGAACCACAGUCAUCCAGAGGACGAUCUUGCAGACGUAGCCGAAAGAAGGGACAUGAAUGCGACGUCAUCAAAACAGAAUAUCUUCGAGGUUAAUAUGGUUCUGAAGACAUUGAAAUACCUCGCCCAGCAGGGAUAUGGAACCGACAAAAUCACCAUUCUCACUCCUUAUCUCGGGCAGUUACAGAGACUGCGCAAAGAGCUCAUGGCUGAUAACGAUCCUGUUCUGAAUGAUUUGGAUUCAUAUGAUCUGGUGCAAGCUGGUUUGACGACGCCCGCGAACGCACAAGUUGGUAAAAAGUCUAUUCGGUUGGCUACUGUCGACAACUACCAGGGUGAAGAGAGUGAAAUCAUUAUAGCAUCGCUCACUAGGAGCAACCCUCACCACAACAUCGGGUUCAUGUCCUCCCCAGAACGGCUUAAUGUUCUCCUUUCACGAGCCCGUAAUGCGCUCAUAUUGAUCGGCAACUCCGAUACUUUCACAAAAUCUCGAAAAGGCGGUGAACUCUGGACUCGUUUGCUUGACAUGUUGAAGUCUAGAGGUCACGUUUACGACGGACUUCCUGUCAAAUGUGAACGACAUCCAGACCGAAAAGCGACCUUGAGGGAGCCUGCUGAUUUUGAAAAUGAAACCCCCGAUGGCGGCUGUAAGGAACCAUGUGGAACCCGCUUGAUCUGUGGAUUGCAUGACUGUCCCUCGAAAUGCCACCAACUUGCUGACCACUCGAAGAUGAAGUGCACGGUCAUUAUUAAGACGACUUGUCCGCAAGGUCAUGCGCAGUCGUAUCAAUGUCAUCAAAACGCUCCAGUUACAUGCCGCAAAUGUGACCUAGAAGCGAAGGCAGCAAAGAAGAAACAAGAGGAAGCAUUCAAGCAACAACAGAAGAGAGACGCUGACUUACUGGCACAUGCGAAAGAUUUGGCUAAUAUCGAAGAAGAGAUCGCUCGAGAGAAUCAACGAGCCGAAGAUGAGAGAUCUCGUCAAGAGCGGCAAUCUGCGCUGGAGCAGAAAAAAGAGGAUCUAGCCCGUUUACGUGCCCAGAACCAGAAGAUGGCGGCGAAACCUUCACCACCACCGCCACCACCACCACCAUCACCACCACCUCAGAUUGUUCCUCCCCCUUCUAAUGGUACACCGACGCUAGGCCUAGCCAGUAAAAUCCAACCGGCUCCCGUUGUACUCACUCCAAAGGCGGCCAAUCAAUCCCCGGGUCUACACGCACCCAUUGUUGCACCACAGCCUUCGAACGCGAGCACGGUAUCUCCUUCGGAAGCAGAAUGGGAGCGGCAGAAGCAGUUGGAGGGAGCUCAUAAUCCCGAGAUCGACUCCUUGAUGCAGCUGACAGGUUUGGAGCAAGUCAAAGAUCAAGUUCUGAAAAUCAAGGCAAAGAUUGACCUGUUAAAACGGCAAGGGGUUGACGGGAAAGAUGAGAGGUUCAACGUGGUUAUGCUUGGCAACCCGGGUACAGGGAAAACAACGGUCGCGCGACUUUAUGCUCAGUUUCUUUUUUCGGUCGACGUUCUACCUGGCAGUCGCUUCAUCGAGACAACUGGCUCUAGUAUCAGUGACAGCGGUGUUGCCGGAAUGAAGAAGCACAUCGAAGAUGUGCUCAAAGCUGGCGGAGGAGCAAUCUUUGUCGAUGAAGCUUACCAGCUCGUUAGUGGUACCAGCCUCAGUGGAAAGGAGGUGCUGAACUUCAUGCUUGCUGAGAUGGAGAACAAUGUCGGAAAACUGGUGUUCAUCUUGGCAGGCUAUCGCAAGGAGAUGGAAAAGUUCUUUGAGCAUAACCCUGGAAUUCCUAGUCGUGUUCCUUAUCAACUCAAUUUCGAGGAUUAUAAAGACGACGAGCUUUUACUCAUGCUACGAAAGCUCAUCGUCAAAAAGUACAAGGGCCAGAUGAAGGUCGAGGGUGACAUUAAUGGGCUAUAUGGCCGUAUUGCAAUCCGUCGGCUCGGGAGAGGACGUGGAAAGGAAGGGUUUGGGAAUGCUCGAGCACUUCAAAACAUGUUUGCCAAAAUCAAUGAACGACAGGCUGCUCGCAUCAACAAGGAACGGGCCGCAGGAAUGAGACCUGACGAUUUUUUGCUCUUAAGCCAGGACCUUAUCGGUCCAAAACCAGCGGACGCCUUGAAAGACAAUGAAUCAUGGGCAAAGCUUCAGGCCAUGAUCGGCCUCAAAUCCGUCAAGGAAACUGUUCGAGUUUUCAUGGAUCUCAUUAACACUAACUAUCGGCGGGAGCUGCAGGAGAAAGAGCCGCUUCAGGUCUCGUUGAAUCGAAUCUUCACUGGUUCACCCGGAACUGGUAAAACAACGGUUGCAAAAUUAUUUGGGCAGCUUCUGGCUGACUUGGGCCUCUUGAGUAAUGGCGAAGGCAAGUGUUCUGUAGUUUAUGGCGCUAUGUAA